CGAAAGCAACGGGCGCGAGGGCCCACAGCGGACUUGAUGGGGCGGAAACAACCCAUUCAGGGGCUUCCAUCGCGCCCGUACACUAAGAAUGGGAAAUCUCUUCGCGGCGAUCAGGCGACCUAAAAAUAUGACACCGACAUUUCAGCAACGACCGGGUUCAUGGACGCCAGGUCAUUGUCUUGCUGAGUUGGCAAGGAUGAUCUCCUGAGGUCUUUCUCAAUUGAUAGAGAGGCCUUGGAUCUGCCUUGACCUUGGAUGGGCGACAGGCGCCGUGCAUCCCAUCUGCUCCGUAAAUGAUAGCAAGCCACGCCCCCCGUACCAUGUACGACAGACUUUACCGAAAAAAGUUAACCUUAAUUACUAGCUAGCCUGAGGUUAUUGAAAAGGCGGUGUUCUUGAACGCAGCCAACAGGUGAUUUUCUUAUCCAUGGCCGCAUCCGGCUGCAGCGAUCUUCCCUGACCUUCGACAUGUCCAAAGGCAGUGGCAUGACUGCUUUUGAUGAACUGGGAGGUAAGGCCACAAUCGCAUUGUCAGAGCAGAGGUCCCCGGGAUACCCCAAUCUGGCAAAUCCAGGAACACGAGACAGAAUUUUCGAUGGUCGGGCCGACAAUUCUGUUGGUUCAGGAACAUGGAUGGGGUUUUGGGACCGCCCCGUGACCACCACCUCGCCACCCCGAUGGCCCAGCCGGGUCCAGCCAAUCCCAACCUCCUCGGCUGCCGGAUUCCCGGGCAUUUUCCGACAAAGACUUCAGUUCGUACUUCGUACUUCUGUCAAGCUAGUGAAGCAGGAAGCUAGAAGAGAUAUCUCCGGCCACAUGACCUUAUCGAAUCCAGACAGUAAAUGGUGCCACCAUGUUCAUCCGGUCUUGGAUGUUGCAGUUCGAGGAGAGCGGCCUGGUCACAUGACCCUUUCGUAAAUUCGGCGCCACCGCCAAACUCAUACUCCGCCUACCACCUUAAGAACUCUUACUUUAUGACUUGCAGAACUCUCACCGCUUUGGCGUGUUUCUGCCCGAGGCCCUAAACUAAUGCCUCAGGCUGCGAGACUGUGAGCAGUUCUGUGGUCUUCAUCGAGAUGUUUCGGCUCUCUUCAUGGCGCCUUUAACGAUGUUUUUCAAGAGGUCCUUUGGUAUGUGAAUGACUCUCGACAGGCUAUAUGAUUAUCUUCAGGAAGUGGUCAAGGAGGUAUUCUUUAGCAGAUCAAUGAAGUUUUUAUGAAGGCUUCCAUAUAUUUUCAAGCCUCGUCACUGGGAUUUCGCCUGAGAGGCCUCUCAAACCGGUAGAUUCAAAUUGGACAGGUUGCACGAGGCGAUGCCAGUAUGGUAUUAAUGAUAGUGCAGUAGCCACCCAGUGAGGCUGUCAC